AUGGCAGUGUCACUGUCUGUUACCCUCUGCCUAAGCGAGGGCAUCUCGCUCGUAGUCUGCACAUUAGCGAUAGCGGUUUUGGUUGCAGCUCUGAGGCUCCCUGGUCAUGUCAGCUUCUCUCAGACAGACACUCAGCGGCAGUGGUGGUGGCUGCCUCCUCUCUCACUCACCUUGCACAGUGGCAGUGACUGCAUUGAUGGCUGCCCUUCUGGUCAGGAGAGCCACUCGCUCAGCUUCCAUAGUGGCAGUGGCGGCAUUGAGAGCUGCCCUCCUUGUCAGAUGAGCGUCUCACUCAGCUUCCAUAGUGGCAACGGUGGCAUUGAUGGCUGCCCCUAUGGUCACAUGAGCCUCUCACUCAGCUUGCACAGUGGCGGUGGCGGCAUUGAUGGCUGCCCUUCUGUUCAGGUGAGCCUCUCACUCAGCUUCCAUAGUGGCAGUGGCGGCAUUGAUGGCUGCCCUUCAGGUCAGGUGAGCCUCUCGCUCAGCUUACACAGUGGCAGUGGCGCCAUUGAUGGCUGCCCUACUGGUCAGGUGAGCCUCUCACUCAUCUUGCACAGUGGCAGUAGUGGCAUUGAUGGUUGCCCGUCUCGCCUGAUGAGCCUCUCACUCAGCUUGCACAGUGGCAGUGGCAGCAUCGAUGGCUGCCCCUCUGAUCAUAAGAGCAUCUUGCUCAGCUUGCACAGUGGCAGUCACGGCAUUGAUGUCUGCCCUUCUGUUCAGCUGACCUCUGGUCAGUUGAGCCUCUCAUUCAGCUUACUCAGUGGCAGUGGCAGCGAUUAUGGCUGCUCUUCCGGUCAGAUGAGCCUCUCAUUCAGCUUGCACAGUGGCAGUGACGGCGUUGAUGGUAGUGCUUGUGGUCAGGUGAGCUUCUUGUUCAGCUUGCGUAGUAGCAAUGGUGUAAUUGAUGUCCGCCCUUCUGGUCAGAUGACCCUCUGGCUCAGCUUGCAUAGUGGUAGUGAUGGCAUUGAUGGACGCCCUUCAGGACAGAUGAGCCUCUUGCACAACUUGCACAUUGGCAGUGGUGGCAUUGAUGGCUGUCCUUCUUGUCAAGUGAGCCUCUCGCUCAUCUUGCACAGUGGUAGUAGUGGCAUUGAUGGUUGCCCCUCUCGCCUGGUGAGCCUCUCACUCAGUUUGCACAGUGGCAGUGGCGGCAUUGAGAGCUGCCCUUGUGGUCAGGUGAGCUUCUUGUUCAGCUUGCAUAGUAGCAGUGGUGUCAUUGAGGCCGCCUUUCUGGUCAGGUGA